AUGUCGGACGGUGAAUCGGCGUGCUGUUGCUUCUGCGUUCACACCGCCUCCUUCGGAGUGGUGGAGCGUUGCGGAAAGUUUGAUCGUCUGGCGGAUCCGGGCUGCCAUUGUUUGGUGCCCUGCUUCGACACCCUCCGCGGCUCCGUCCCCCUCGGCCUCAACAACACCGUCGUUGACGUGAGCACGAAAACGCGCGAUAACGCGGUGGUGCGGGUGGAGGUUUGCAUCCAUUACCGCGUCGUCGAGGAUAAGGUUUCGCUCGCCUUUUAUCGCCUGACGGAUGCGUCGGAGCAGAUCAGCAGCUUUGCGGGAAGCAUCGUCCGCGGGGAGGUGCCUAAAUACACCCUCGAUGAGGUGUUUUUGAUGUCUGAUGAGAUCAAGAAGGUGAUCGACAUCGAGCUUUCGGAUCGACUUGGUGAGUACGGCUACGUCCUUGAGCGGACCCUUCUCACGAAGAUCGACCCCAGUGUGGAGGUGAAGGAGGCGAUCUCGCAAACGCAGCUCAACGCGUAUCUUCGCAUGGCGGCCGAACACAACGCGGAGUUGCAGCGCAUCCUCACCUUAAAAGAAGCGGAGGCGACGUACGAGGAGAUGCGGCUUUCCGGCGUCGGCCUCGCGCAGGAGCGAAAGGCGAUCAUGAAAGGCCUGCAGUCGAGUAUCGAGCAAUUCGUCGAUACGGUUCCCGGGAUCGACGCGAAAGGGGUGAUGAAUCUGCUGCUUUUGAAUCAAUAUUUCGAUUCGAUGAAGGAGAUGGGGUCGAAUAAGAAUAAUCGGGUCGUGAUGCUGCCAGGGAGCUCGGGCCCGUCGUCGGGGUUGUUGACAGAUGUAAUGGCCGCCCAGGUGGCCGCGAGCGAAAUGUCGUAA